AUGUUUCCUUUGUUGUUUUGUUGUGGUUCUUCUUACGCUGUCGUCUUCGCCCUUUUCGCCGCUCAGAUUAGGGCCGCCAAGCGGGCUUGCUUUGGCAGUGCCACGCCUUGCUGUGCCUCACUUGACACGCCCGCCGGCAUGCCGGUGAGUCCCCAGUACCGCUUGUUUCAGCAGCGGCACUACUUAGACUACAGUGAGCGGGAUGCGGGGGUAUCACACCUGUGGCACGCCCACCGCCUGGCGGAGGCGCGGCUGCAUCCCGGCAAGGGCAUCACCGACGCCCCCGAGGUGGACUUUCGCCAUCCAGAGAUGAUGGACAGAGACCAGUCAAAGGCGUGUGCGUUGAUGACGCGGCUGCAGCGCCGCGUCAUGGACGAGGAGGAGCGCAUCGUGCAUAGUAACAAAAACCUUCUCAACCACCUUCUCGACGUCAGCGACACCAGGUACCGGGAGCGGCGGGGAAUGAACAACCGCCCCGCGGAGGCGGAUCUGCGGAAGUGGUAUCGCGUGGAAGAACAGGUUCAGGUGCGGCGGCGGGAUCGUGAGAAGCAGGAGGCGGCUAAACAAAAGCAGAACCUCAUCAUCAUGAAACACCUGAUAGAGGCUAAGCCCUCCGUGGCGACGGCGAAGCAGCUUGCCCAGUGGCACCAGCGGGACCACACAAAGCACUUGAGGGAUAUGAGUCGGUUCAAGCGCGCGGAGCCGUUCGCGGGGGCCAAUCUGCUCCGCAGCAACUGCCGUAUGAAGCUGGCGGAGCGUGUGGCGGAUCACGUGGAGUCCCGCACCGCCGCACUGAAGCCACUGCUUUGGAGGGAUUACAAGUUGCCGACGCUCAUGGACACGCUGAGCUCUGGGAAGCUGCUCCCGUCGCUGGAGGAGGCUUCAAGAAGCUAUGCACAGGGGAACCUCACGCUAAACGCGGCGGACGAUCCCCCCUGGACGUGGGUCCGACCACACCGGUGGCGGGAGAAGAAGCCGGAGUGGAAGAGCAUCACCGCCUUGGACACCAAAGUGAUGAAUUACGCAAACGAUUUGGCGCUGGCACGGGGCGGGGACCUUCCGAUCGUUCGCCGUGAGGAGGAAAAUGGCGUUACGCGUCUGUGGCGAGAGGGGUUGGAGCGGAGCUACCGGGCAAAGGAGCGUCACGCGCGGGCGGCGAACCAACAACACACCAUCGCUGGGGUGGGCGACGCAGAUAAUGCGACGCCUCGACUGGUUUCCAAAAACACCAUCAUGUGGGACGCGGACCGCUGGAAGUCGAGGUCCAGCAUUUUCACGUUGCUGCGAUCGCGAAGCUCAAAGUCGUCGGGGAAGUUUUCUCAGCGCCAAGCUAACGAUAAAUGGCCCCCCCCUUUUUCGCCGAAGGGGCGAACAAGAGGAGUCUCCCGUCAGAGUACUAUCAGAAAAGAUAAGCCUUCAAGAAAACGACGUAUCUUUUUCAGGGUUGCCCAAAGUGGAAACACACUCAUUUCCCUUUGCUUUUGCCCAGGUCCACAAAGAGGAUGCUGCAAGUUCUGA